AUUGAGCACUGGUGGAGAGAGCUUCAUGAAAGACUUGAGCAAUUCUACAAGCACAAGCUGAAGUAUCUUAAGGACCAGGGGUACUAUAGUCCACACAAUCAACCAGAUAGGUAACAUGUGGUUCAUGCUCAAUAAUAGCAAUGCCAAUCUUUCUAUCAAGGUGUGGGUGGGUCUUGUUAGGAUCCUACAGAUAUGAAGAUCUCUAUCUUGACUUAAAAAACUCAUUAAUAAUUCAUGAAGAAAACACAAAGAAAAUCGCCUUCGGCUCGAGUUUGUAUAUGUGAUACAACACGGCCACUCAUGUUGUAAAAAUUACUUAUCAACUUAUAUGUACCUUCAAAACUCAUGUGUAUUGAUUCUGUACAACAUGUGUAUAGUCACCUUUAUUUGCUGUGUUUCUUGCUAAUUGUAUUCAGGUCAGGUGAAUAUGAAAAAGCUGGUUUAGUCCCUCCCCUCUAUUUAUAGGCCCCACUUUCUGACACAGUUACUUCACACAUGCCAGAAAUACAUACAGGUCUGCCUAGGGAUAAAUAGAGAAUUUAUGGUAAUUUGCAAAAUAUCACGUCAGUAUCGCUAUAUUUUUUCCUAUAGGUUACUACUUCCAUAUCUUUUCAUUCCACUGUUACAACAUGAACUAGAUGUAUUCAGAGAGAUAGUAUGGAAUACACACCGGAUUAGAAAGCAGGACACUCAUCUUCCAAAUGGCAUGCCAGAUCAUGUGUACAAUUUCCCAGAGGAGUAUGGUCUUGAAGAAUGUGGUAAUAUUUUACUUAUAUCUUAAUCUCUCCAAUAAGCCCCCUUUCAUGUAAUCCCCCCCCCUCAAAAAUCCCUCCUCCAAAGGGCCUGAAAACAGGCACCUGGGGUGGAUCAUAUUAGAGAUACUAUGCCAUUGCUAUUACUGCAUGACACAAGUUACAUAAAGACUUCUCCCAUCUUAUCCUUAGCAGCCUUGCUCCAGACCUGUGCCUGCAUUUCUGUUUAUAAGCAUCCCUUUUUUAUGAAAAUGUUUUCUGUAUAUUUGUAUAUAUGUGAUAAAUUUGAACAAAUGUAUUGUUAUGUGCUAAACAUUUUAGGUUGGGAAGUAACAGAGGAUCAGUUAAAAGAGGCAGCAUUUCACUCAGGUGUUCUCGAUGUUGAAGAUGAUUACCUGGAACCAGAUUUCAGAGCUAGAUGUGAGGCAAUCAUUGCAAACCCUGCCGAUGUUAAACCAAAAGAUUGUGUAGAUGCAUUUCUGUAUCUAAAAGAGCACUUUACUGCCCAACAAAAUCAGAAUGCUUCUUGA